AUGAUGCCUGGCAGUUCUCCUGUUACCAAUAAUGGCAAAGAGAACAGCGAUAUGGGCAGCGAUUCUUCCGUUGUUGAUUCCGAUGUACCAGAUGAUGUCACGGCGGCAAACGAGUCUCAGAAUGACCCACGUACUUCUUUCUCGGUCGACGGGUCAGCACCUGGCACCUGGAAACAGAAAGCGUGCAAGGAUAUGGUGCCUAGGAAUUUUGAGAAUAAGCCGCUUGCUGGCGGUAAGAUGAUGUUCAAUGCCGGUCUCAAUUACGCUAUUGGACCUGAUAAGGUUUCCACGGUGUUUGCAAACGAACAGAAUUUCUGGAGCGGCACACCGCAAGUCAUUUCUUACUUCUUCAUGGGUGGAAGUCAGUUGCAACAUGAAAAGGUGACACAAGCAAUCGAGGAAUGGUCUUGGUAUGCCAACGUUACUUUCAAGGAAGCACCUUCGGCCGGGGAAAGUAACGUGAGAGUUACUUUUGAUCCCAACGAUGGGAACUGGUCGUACAUCGGUCGCCAAUGCAAUAGCAUUCCAGCAACAGAGGCCACCAUGAACCUAGCCUGGUUGGAUAAGUUCUCUCCCAUUACCGCAAAGGAGAGAUCAGUCAUCCUACACGAGUUUGGCCAUGCACUAGGUCUACUCCACGAACAUCAGUCCCCAGAUCACGGAAACAAAGCAGUUCAGAACAUCAAUGCAGCUUUCAAGCUUUAUGAAAAAACUCAAGGGUGGACAGCGGAGCAAAUCUCUGACCAUGUCAUCAACGUCUACAAUAAGUCUGAUAUCACAAACUAUGCCCAUGUCGAUAUCCACUCCAUCAUGCACUAUUCCCAACCAAAGGAGCUCACAGGUCUUGACGUCGAUAUUCCAUUCAACGGGAAGCUUUCAGACCUCGAUAAGGCGUAUAUGAUUCUACAGUAUCCUCGCAAGACCAUGCACCCCGAAUCAGCAAAAGCUGGGUGGAGCAUCGAAAAGGCAUUAAAGGUGAUCGGAGCUCCGACAGAGGUCACUGACAAGAUCCUCGCCUUUGUCGAAGAUAAGCGUGACGAGUUCGGCGAGAUCUCUACUGCCAACAUUCGAGAGGUCAUCAAAAACUGGACACGGGCUACGCAUGGUCUGGUCGUGGACGGAGGACAGAAAUUACCACCAUCCCGAAAUGCUCCACCUCCUACUGCUGGUCCGUCACACGCCGAGAAUGCGGAUAAACCCCCGACCAACUCAUUCAUCUACCAGCUCUAUGAUAAGCUGUCCACACUAUACUGUCCUGGCGGUGGACAAUACUUUGCAUUGCAAUUUCCCACUCGAUUCCUGGACAAAGACACCUUCGCAUACGAGCUUAAAGGACAGUUUUCGCGCUUCAAUAAGCCUAUCGCGGUCUCCGAGGCCGAGUUCAACCUCACCGAUGACUUGUACGCCCCUAGCCCCAUUAAGCAGCAAGAGAAGAUGCGUAAGUGGCUUCUAAAGGAGACCAAACUAGGCAAUGCUGCCUAUAUUGGCGAGACGCGCUCGCCUAUUCCUGGUUUGAACAAAGGUCGCGCCAACGACUUGCCUCAGGGCAUGACUCGGAUGGAUUAUUCUGAUUCAUUGAUGCAGGCGUAUCUCCGUGAUCGCCAGGACUGGGAGGAGCGAAGAGACAAGAUGAUCUUUGAGGCUUCUGGCCAGGCCGCCACGAACCCACAGGUCAUGGAAAACAUGACAAGACGUCUCGCGCAUCUCGGUGCUCUCGAGGAGGCGAAACUGAGUGCCAAGUAUGCCGAUGCUGUAGUGCGAGGUUACAGGCAUACAGUACGCGGCUUCUUGGGCCAUUUGGAUGUCAAGAGUGUAGCUGAGUCACUACAAGAUGCGAAAGACUCGUUCCGACAGUCUGCUCUCUCAUCUCUCUACACGGCUUCUAAAGUCUACCCCGUGGCCAUGCAGCCCACGGACUGGUUCCAAGCCCUUGACACAGGCUUCACGCGCGAGGAGCUUUCUCAGGACCCGUUGCUGAUCAGUGCUGCAACCACGGCUUAUUGA